AUGGGGGCAGGCCGCCACCGCAGGCUACACUCUACCACACCAGAGUACGACUUGGAAGGUUUUGAGUUCUUCAUGAUCAUACUUGAGAAUUCCUCCAAGAAGCAGACGCUGCCUGACACUUUUAUGGAGAUGUUGCACGGCCAUCGGCCAAAGAAUUUCGUCCGUGCCUACGACCUGAGGCACGGGUACUUCCUUGUCUUCAGGUACAACGGCGACGCCAUGCUCACCAUGAAAGUGUUCAACACGACUAUGUGCCGCAUGCGCUACCAGGAUGACGACGAUGCCAGCAAUCGAAGCAGCGGCAGUGACUCUGGUUACAGAAAAAGCAGCAGCGAGUCUGGCUACAGUGAAAGCAGCAGCGAGGAUGAUCCAGAAUGA